CAGGAGGAGCCGCACCUUCCCUCGGCAAGCAUGGCGGGUUGGAUUAGCUCAGUGGUGUUGUCUGCUACAGCAGUUAUCACACUGGGUUUUCCGUAUCCUGAUGCAGAAUAUAAUAUCCCUAAUGUAGGUGUUGGCAGGCGAUCACAAUUUUAUGUUCUACACGCUGAUGGGGGAUACAAAUACGGAUAUGACACUAAAGAAGGCACCUACGAGAAAGCUAAAUCGGAUUCCCCAGGAAAUGUAAUGGGAUCUUUUGGUUAUACUGAUCCAACUGGAACAGGUGUUCAGCUCGAUUAUACAGCUGAUGAUAGAGGUUUUAUACCCAAGGGCACUCAUCUUCCUCAGGCUCCUAGUGCAGCCACUGGUGAGCUCCCUACAACCAAUAAAAACUAUGUUCGCCCUGUUACAUACUCAUCCCCAGACACUCCUGAAACUAGAUCUGAUGCAAGUUACAGCUUUAACUAUGAGGCUGAUACCAGUUCCCGUUCUGAAAGUGCUGAUUCAGAUUUAAAUGUUCAAGGAACCUAUAGUUUUAGGCCUGAUGAUGGAGUUCAAAGAACUGUCAACUAUAGAGCAGGGAGUGGAAUUGGUUUUGUAGCUGAAGGGUCUCACUUACCUGUAGCUCCUACAGGGUCAAGGGCCUCUACAGCAUCUCGACCUGUAGCAGCAACGAAGGCUUCAUCUCCUACUACAUAUUCAGCACCAUCUGGAGUGGCUUCUGUUGGAAGCUCUUCAUCUCCCGAUGGAAGUUAUAGCUUCAACUACAAGACUGAUGAUAGUUCUCGUUCAGAGAGUGCUGACUCCGACCUGAAUGUCCAAGGAACUUACAGUUUUAGACCUGACGAUGGAGUUCAGAGAACUGUGACUUACAGAGCAGGGAGUGGAACUGGUUUUGUUGCCGAAGGGUCUCACUUACCUGUAGCUCCUUCAGGAUCAGGAGCCUCUACUGCAUCUCGACCUGUAGCAGCAACGAAGGCUUCAUCUCCUACUACAUACUCUGCACCAUCUGGAGUGUCCUCUGUUGGAAGCUCUUCAUCUCCUGACGGCAGCUACAGCUUUAACUAUAAGACUGAUGAUAGCUCCCGUUCAGAGAGUGCUGACUCUGCCUUGAAUGUCCAAGGAUCUUAUAGUUUUAGACCUGAUGAUGGAGUUCAAAGAACUGUAAAUUAUAGAGCAGGGAGUGGAACUGGUUUUGUUGCCGAAGGGUCUCACUUACCUGUAGCUCCUUCAGGAUCAGGAGCCUCUACUGCAUCUCGACCUGUAGCAGCAACGAAGGCUUCAUCUCCUACUACAUACUCUGCACCAUCUGGAGUGUCCUCUGUUGGAAGCUCUUCAUCUCCUGACGGCAGCUACAGCUUUAACUAUAAGACUGAUGAUAGCUCCCGUUCAGAGAGCGCUGACUCUGCCUUGAAUGUCCAAGGAUCUUUUAGUUUUAGACCUGAUGAUGGAAUUCGUCGAACUGUGAAUUACAGAGCAGGGAGUGGAACUGGUUUUGUUGCUGAAGGGUCUCAUUUGCCUGUUGCCCCAUCAAGUGCAUCUGAAACAAGUCCAGGUGUAUCAUCUCCAGUGGCUACAAAGAAAGAUCGUCCUACUACUUAUUCAGCACCUCAAGUGUCUCAGGUGAAAAGUUCUUCAUCUCCUGAUGGAAGUUACAGUUUUAACUAUGAGACUGAUACCAGUUCUCGUUCUGAGAGUGCUGACUCUGACCUGAAUGUCCGAGGAACUUACAGUUUUAGUCCUGAUGAUGGAGUUCAGAGAACUGUGAAUUAUAGAGCAGGGGGUGGUAUUGGAUUUGUUGCUGAAGGAUCCCACCUCCCUGUAGCUCCUUCAGGAUCAGGAGCUUCCACUGCAUCUCAGCCUCUUUCUUCCUCUUCUACUACAUAUUCUGCACCAUCUGGAGUGGCUUAUGUUGGAAGCUCUUCUGUUGGAAGCUCUUCAUCUCCUGAUGGAAGUUACAGGUUCAGCUAUAAAACCGAUGAUAGCUCCCGGUCAGAGAGUGCUGACUCUGCCUUGAAUGUCCAAGGAUCUUAUAGUUUUAGACCUGAUGAUGGAGUUCAAAGAACUGUAAAUUAUAGAGCAGGGAGUGGAACUGGCUUUGUUGCUGAAGGGUCUCACUUACCUGUAGCUCCUUCAGGAUCAGGAGCCUCUACUGCAUCUCGACCUGUAGCAGCAACGAAGGCUUCAUCUCCUACUACAUACUCUGCACCAUCUGGAGUGUCCUCUGUUGGAAGCUCUUCAUCUCCUGACGGCAGCUACAGCUUUAACUAUAAGACUGAUGAUAGCUCCCGUUCAGAGAGUGCUGACUCUGCCUUGAAUGUCCAAGGAUCUUAUAGUUUUAGACCUGAUGAUGGAGUUCAAAGAAUUGUAAAUUAUAGAGCAGGGAGUGGAACUGGUUUUGUUGCCGAAGGGUCUCACUUACCUGUAGCUCCUUCAGGAUCAGGAGCCUCUACUGCAUCUCGACCUGUAGCAGCAACGAAGGCUUCAUCUCCUACUACAUACUCUGCACCAUCUGGAGUGUCCUCUGUUGGAAGCUCUUCAUCUCCUGACGGCAGCUACAGCUUUAACUAUAAGACUGAUGAUAGCUCCCGUUCAGAGAGUGCUGACUCUGCCUUGAAUGUCCAAGGAUCUUAUAGUUUUAGACCUGAUGAUGGAGUUCAAAGAACUGUAAAUUAUAGAGCAGGGAGUGGAACUGGUUUUGUUGCCGAAGGGUCUCACUUACCUGUAGCUCCUUCAGGAUCAGGAGCCUCUACUGCAUCUCGACCUGUAGCAGCAACGAAGGCUUCAUCUCCUACUACAUAUUCAGCACCAUCUGGAGUGGCUUCUGUUGGAAGCUCUUCAUCUCCUGAUGGAAGUUACAGCUUCAACUACAAGACUGAUGAUAGUUCUCGUUCAGAGAGUGCUGACUCCGACCUGAAUGUCCAAGGAACUUACAGUUUUAGACCUGACGAUGGAGUUCAGAGAACUGUGACUUACAGAGCAGGGAGUGGAACUGGUUUUGUUGCCGAAGGUUCUCACUUACCUGUUGCCCCAUCAGGUACAUCUAGAACAAGGCCGGGUGUAUCAUCUCCAGUGGCUACAAAGAGUAAUCGGCCUUCUACUUAUUCAGCACCUUCUGGAACAGCUCAGGUCAAAAGUUCUUCAUCCUCUGAUGGGAGUUACAGCUUUAGCUAUGAUGCGGAUACCAGUUCCCGAGCUGAGAGUGCUGAUUCCAAUCUCAAUGUACAGGGGACUUACAGUUUUAAUGCUGAUGAUGGAAUCCAGCGAACUGUAAAUUAUCGAGCAGGUUCUGCAACUGGUUUUAUUGCUGAAGGCAAACACUUGCCAACUGCUUCAACAGAUGUAUCAAGCCAUUCUCAACCUCUUAUUACUGUCAAAAGCUCACCUUCAUCAGUUUAUCGCUCAUCACCCGGGGUCCAGUCUUCUCGAAGCCGCACUGUAGGUAAUGUUUUGCUCCACCAAUAUGACUCAACAAACAAGGCUGGAAAAUAUGGCUAUGUCUUUACUGAACUGCGUCGUUACUUGACAACCUGGAAAACGAAGGCUUGGUUGCAGUUAGAACCAGGCCGAGGUGGGCAGCGGGCGCUGCUUGAAAGCCCGAGGCUCGGCGCUCGACCUGGUGAAAGUAUCAGGAGUCGACACAGGGACCCCAACUCCUCCGCCGCUAACAUGAGGACGUGGACUAGCUUAACCGUGUUGUCCGUGGCGGUGGUUAGCACGCUGAGUUUUCCACGUCCUGAUGCCGAGUACAAGAUUCCGACCGUAGGCGUCGGUGCCAGGGCACAAUACUAUGUUCUCCACGACGACGGGACCUUCAAGUAUGGCUACGACACUGGUGACGGAGCCUAUGAGUCUGCAAUGGCAAAUGCUCCCGGGGACGUAUCUGGCUCGUUUGGAUACAAGGAUGCAUCCGGGGCAGACAUAAAGCUGGAUUAUACAGCUAAUGACCAAGGCUUCCUUGUCAGCGGAUCUCAUCUGCCAGUUGCCCCAGUGGCUGAAUUUGGCUCGCGCGUAUCUACAAAAAGUGCAUCUACGACUUAUAAUGCACUUGCUGUCCCUUCACGACCUAUUGUCUCUACACAACCUAUAGCUCCGCAGACACCAGUUGAGGAAGCACAAGUACGAAGCUCUGCUUUUGACGAUGGAAGCUACUCUUUCUCCUACGAGACUCAGAGUAGCUCACGACAUGAAAGUGCUGAUGCUCUUAACAACGUCAAGGGAAGGUAUUCCUUUAUUGCUGAUGAUAAUAUAAAUCGGGAAAUCCAGUACGUUGCUGGAGCUGACACCGGUUAUAUUGCUGAAGGAGACUCCCUUCCUCAAGGACCAUCUGUUCCAGGCGCAGAGUCUGGUAUUCCAACUGGACGCAUUCUUCCUGUUCUGUCUGAGGAAGAGGCUAACAAGCUUGCCGCUGCCACUUCUGGUUCUGUAAGUGGUAGCCUUCUGACUGGUGCCACCUACAGUUCCACAAGUGGUAGCCCUUUGACUGGUGCUACCUACAGUUCCCCACGUGACUCCGCUCCAAGGGACGCCUCUUACUCUUUCAGUUAUGAUGCUGGUCAAAGCUCGCGAUCCGAAAGUGCUGAUCCCAACCUUAACGUACAGGGAACUUUCAGCUUUGAUGCUGAUGAUGGAAUUAGAAGGACUGUGAACUAUGUUGCUGGAUCUGCUACCGGAUUUGUUGCUGAAGGCAAACACUUACCUGUUGCUCCAGAUGCUGAUUUUGGCUCUCGAAUUCAGUCUUCCAGCCCAGGUGUUGUGUCAACCAAGAGUGCAGCUACAACCUAUGGUGCUCCUGCUCCUUCACGAUCUGCUGCCCCUUCACAACCUGCUGCCCCGGCAGCACCCGUUGAGGAAGCACAAGUACGAAGCUCUGCUCUUGACGAUGGAAGCUACUCUUUCUCCUACGAGACUCAGAGUAGCUCGCGACAUGAAAGUGCUGAUGCUCUUAACAACGUCAGGGGAAGGUAUUCCUUUAUUGCUGAUGAUAAUAUAAAUAGGGAAAUCCAGUACGUUGCUGGAGCUGACACCGGUUAUAUUGCUGAAGGAGACUCCCUUCCUCAAGGACCAUCUGUUCCAGGCGCAGAGUCUGGUAUUCCAACUGGACGCAUUCUUCCUGUUCUGUCUGAGGAAGAGGCUAACAAGCUUGCCGCUGCCACUUCUGGUUCUGUAAGUGGUAGGCCUUUGACUGGUGCCACUUACAGUUCCACAAGUGGUAGCCCUUUGACUGGUGCUACCUACAGUUCCCCACGUGACUCCGCUCCAAGGGACGCCUCUUACUCUUUCAGUUAUGAUGCUGGUCAAAGCUCGCGAUCUGAAAGUGCUGAUCCCAACCUUAACGUACAGGGAACUUUCAGCUUUGAUGCUGAUGAUGGAAUUAGAAGGACUGUGAACUAUGUUGCUGGAUCUGCUACCGGAUUUGUUGCUGAAGGCAAACACUUACCUGUUGCUCCAGAUGCUGAUUUUGGCUCUCGAAUUCAGUCUUCCAGCCCAGGUGUUGUGUCAACCAAGAGUGCAGCUACAACCUAUGGUGCUCCUGCUCCUUCACGAUCUGCUGCCCCUUCACAACCUGCUGCCCCGGCAGCACCCGUUGAGGAAGCACAAGUACGAAGCUCCUCUCUUGACGAUGGAAGCUACUCUUUCUCCUACGAGACUCAGAGUAGCUCACGACAUGAAAGUGCUGAUGCUCUCAACAACGUCAGGGGAAGGUAUUCCUUUGUUGCUGAUGAUGACGUAAAUAGGGAAAUCCAGUACGUUGCUGGAUCUGACACCGGCUACAUUGCUGAAGGAGACUCCCUUCCUCAAGGACCAUCUGUUCCAGGUGCAGAGUCUGGAAUUCCAACUGGACGUAUUCUUCCUGUUCUUUCUGAAGAAGAAGCCAAUGCUCUAGCAGGAGUCUCACCUCUGCUGAAGUCUGGAGAGGGGAGCAAUAUUGCAGACACUGAAGCAGAUGCUUCAUACAAAUUUUCCUUUGAUUCUGAUAGUUAUUCACGGACUGAGGAAGCCGAUGCUGAUGGCAACAUUGUCGGAAGUUAUACCUAUGUAGAUGAAGAUGGAAAAGAACAUACUGUUAGCUUUGUAGCAGGAAGAAAAACUGGAUUUUUGCCCAAGGGAGUCUUUGAACCCAAAGCAGCAGCAGGAGACGCAACACCUGUAGCAGUUGCUUCACCUGCGUAUUCGUCACCUUCGAAACCAACUGGUGUUACAGUUGUUCAAGCUGCCAGACCUGUAGUAAUAACAAAGGCUGCAGGAUCUUCAGCAACAUCUGGAAGUCACACAUCGCAUGUCGUAGGCGACGUUCUUCUUCACCAGUAUUCUGCUGUCAAUAGCCCCAAAUAUGGUUAUGUGUUUACAGCUGUUCGUUAAU